GGGCAGCUUCAGGGCGGAGAAGUUGGGAGCUGCCAAGUGGGCGUUAUCGGUCACACGCAGGUCAGAAAUGUAAACGUCUGCAGGUUAACCCACCUACACAGUACAAGUCAAGAGGAAGAAAUCUGCUGUUGUGGAGAAUUAAUUAAUGUUGCAACAGUGGCGCAACCGUUCGCGGAAUAAUUGCUCUUGACAAAUGAAAACGAAUAUAUAGGUGGAAAUAUGGAGCCCAAAACUGUACUAAAGGAGAAGUUUUUCAUCGUGAUACGCGGGAAAACGAGGAAAGGCUUCUGCCGAGGAUGUAUUGGCCGUGUGGAGGCAGAGUUGCAGCCCGGAGAGCUGAUGGGGCUGCUGUACUGCGGUGGCAGCAAUGCAGGGAGCCCUAAGAGCGGAGGCAUCGUGAGGAGGGAGGACACAUACCCUCUGACCCGCCACCAAGCCCAGCUACUGCUCUUCGUUUACCCCGCAAGCAAACGCCUGGAGCUGCUGUGUAACCCCCAGCUGUUCUCGGCUAUCUGUAAACUGUCUCAGGAUGAUCUGGUGGUGGUGAAGCACAAGAAGGGACACCUGCCAGGGAUGGUGAAGAACCUGAUGCGAAUUGGGAGGAAGGAGAACAAAGACGACCUGCACAUGCUUGGCUUUGAAGUGGAAUUUGUGGACAGUGAUCACAAUUUGUCAUCCAAGAAACCUGCCCCUCUGCCCCUGUUCAGUGUGGCAGACAUCGUCCAGGUGGUCCCAUCUUACUCCCUUCCCCUCGGACUGCACUGGAAGGAUGGCCAAUGUGGGGGUCUAAACAGAAAAGCGGUGACGCGCAUCAACUCCAUGCCGAAUAUAGGAUCUUGUGCACGACAAGUGAGCAGCAACGAUGCAGAGCAGAGUGUCAUUCAGAGCCAAAGUUCAAGCACAUCUCAUGUGCCUGUGGAGGUGGGAUCCAUGGUGGAGGUGGUGUCCAACACAGGGAUCACAGUGUACGGGGUUGUCCAGUGGUUGGGGGACAUUGAAGGGAAGACUGGUGAAUGGGCUGGGAUUGAAUUGGACUAUGAGGUGAAUGGCUGCUCUGAUGGGACGUAUAGAAGCCAGAGGUAUUUCACCUGCAAAGGGAACAGGGCUUUGUUCAUUCCCGUCACAAAGUGCAGUCCUGAUAGCAGGUUCUUCUGCUCCUCUACAGGAAGGGAGACCUUCAAACCCACUGACACACCUCCAGUUCCUCCAUUUGAGGACACAGAGGAGAAUGCACCACCUAUUCCUGAAUCAAAGGCAUUGUCUUUGUUAGUGGGAAAAAUGAAAGGGAUUCAGGGUCACAUCAACUCCUGUUACCUUGACGCCACACUCUUCAGUUUGUUCGGCUCAUCCGUGACCCUGGAAAAUAUCUGCCAAAAGCCUGCUGACACGGACAAACCCGUAACCUGCACUCUUAGAAAAAUAGUCAACUGUUUGCGCAGACAAGGGUUUGUGCCUGCCGCAAGUGUGAUGAAUUUCCGUGAGCAGCUUGGCUGCGACACCUUCCGAACAGAGGAAAAAGACCCAGAAGAGUUCAUCACAGUCCUCUUUCAGAAAGUGCUUUGCAUGGAGCCACUGCUUAAGCUCAGAUCGAGACAAGAAAUAUGUCACGGUGCCUAUACCUUCCAGGUCUUUCUAGAAAAAGAACAGAUGGGACCGAUGCCCACUGUCCAACAGCUGCUGGACACAUCCUGCCUGUCAGGAGACCUCAAGUUUGAAGAGAUGCCAUCCUGUCUAAUGGUUCAGAUGCCAAGGUUUGGAAACAAGUAUAAGAUGUUUUCUCACAUCAUUCCCUCCACUGAGCUGGACAUCACAGAUCUUCUAUACAAUUCUCCAAGGGAAUGCUUCGUUUGUGGGCAUCUGGCAGAGUACGAGUGUCUUCAUUGUCUACCAGAUCGCAAAUUGCAACCAGGGAGAAUAAAACAGUACUGCUCUACCUGCAACACACAGGUUCACACACAUCCGUCGCGGCAGGGUCACUCCCCCAAAACCCUAGCAGUACCAGCAGAUGUAGCCUCUAAUACUCCUGUGCCCAGGCACAAAAUGCAGCUGUCUGCUGUGCUCUGCAUUCAAACAAGCCACUAUGUGUCCUUUGUCAAAUACGGCUCUGAUCCUCACUCCUGGCUCUUUUUUGACAGCAUGGCAGACAGAUGCGGUGACGAUCAACAUGGCUACAACAUUCCUGAGGUCCAAGCUUGUCCGGAGCUAGGUGACUUCCUGUCCCAGCCGGAGGAGGAGCUGGCUUGGUCUAACCCCUCCCAGGCUCCUGAACUUGUGCGCAGGUUACUGUGUGACUCCUAUAUGUUUUUAUACCAAAACCCAACCACGCCACUUUCAAAACCCAACCAUCAGGAAUAGUAAACGCAUGUGAGGUUGAGGACACUAUGUUCCCAUAACAGUGCCUUAAUAAUCUUGCUUCUCUGCUUAAUCUGCAAGAUUUUGUGUUGGUUAUUACAUCCAAACAGCAGGAACUGAAACAUAUGCUUUUAACAUCAUUUGGUGGGGAAAUACAAUAUUGUUGAAGAGAAAAAAAACAAUAUAAAUGUAUUGUUCAGACAUUUGACUAUAAAUGAUCGUAGUCAAAGUUGAUGUACUGUAGAUAAGCAAGGAGAGAAAGAAUGAGCAGGAAACAUAUUACACUGUGUACUCAUCAGUCUUCAUCUCUUGAAUGUCUUGCUGUUAUUUCACUUAUUAUUUAAACCAACAUAUAAAGAUAAGAUAUAUAUAUAUAAAUUACUUUUAAAGUAAAUUGUGACAUUAAAGGCAUUACACACAAAUGUAUAUAAUCUAGUGAAUGAAUGAAUUUAAAUUCUUUUUGCCUGUUAAGUUAAAGUACACUCAAACACUUGUUGACAUACUCCAGCGCUGACACAGUGCUGUGGAGACCUGGCUAUGUGAGACUACUUGGUGACAUGUUUGUUUGGUGUUGCAUAAUUUUAACUAUGCGUUAUCAAUUGUGAACUAAAACACCUGAAGCCUCCAGGUCAUAUAAACUACAUGCUUUUCUUUUUGAUGGGCCGUCGCUUUAUAAAAAGAAAAUUGGUACAUGUAGCCUAUGUCCUUUUUGUAUUGUAUUUACUUCACUGUGUCAAGCAAACACAGAAUUUCCUUAAGAAGAUAAACCACUGCCUAUCAUGUUUUUUAGCAGCCGUUUACAGUGUGGAAUAAUGCAUUGUAGUCAGUUCAAUCAACUACAUUUAAAACCUUUUUUUUUAUGCUAAAUCUUGAACUAAAUGUUGAGUCUACAUGAUAUAUUAUGGACUGCAAUGCCAUCUUGUGGACAAAAAUGAAAAGAGCUUUGCCUUUAACAUUAUUUACUGAGAUCCACCAUCAAGUCUCAAUCAUCCCUAACAGAAAAACUUUUUUCUUAAUACUAAUAUGUAUGCAGGCCCAUCAAACCACAUGAGUAUACGUUAUUCUCAUAACCUCUGAGGGAAAGAAAUAUUGGCUUCACAAAAACCGUGUUUAACAAAUAUUAAAGUGCAAGCUACCAUGUCUACCAUUGUCUAAGGUAUGAUUAAUAAAAUCAUUUUAAAAUUGUGUUUUUAGAAGCUGUCCUGUGUAUUUAGAUUAAAUUUGAUAUAGUUGUACAGUGGUCAUGCAACAUGCAAUUGUGUUUUCAACAAUGUCCUACUGUCUUACAAUCUGGUCUCUUUACUGAACCAAUAGCACUAUAGACUAUACAAUCGAGACUGACCACAGUAAUCUUCCAAAGUGGUCUCACCGUUGCAUUGCACUCACAUGCUCAAACUACAUAAACGGACACGCUAUUACAUUUUAUUUUCAGAUUCAAAAUGGCACUUCACCAGCAUUUGCUGGACUUCACACGACACAAUAUGAGACCAGUACGCCUCACUAGGUCAGUUUCACGGGCAUUCAUUCCAAUCCCUCCAUACAAAAACAACUAUGGUCAGAAAUCCUUUUUUCAUACAUACACCAACAUUUUGAAUGACCUUCCCCAUCACAUGAGAACACUACAAUCCAUCACAUAUUUCAAAAAGGCACACUAACUGUUCCUUCUCAACAGUUAUACUUGCACACAUUGAUUUGUUAAUGUAUUGUCCGAGUGUCUGUAUUGUUGUUUUAGUUGUCUGUAUCUGUCUAGCCCAUGCUAAUGUCCUGUACAGGUGUUUCUGUCUUCUUGUGCCGCAACUGUAUUGUUGUUUUAUGUUUCUGCAGAACAGGAACCUGCCGGAAACCAGUUUUUAAACUGAG